UAUAAACUUAGAGCUAAACAGAAAAAUAAAGUUAAUAUUUUUUUUUAAUUUUAAUAAUACAUACAUAUAUAAAAUUUAUAUACAAUAUAAUCGUAAAAAUUUUUUGGAAUAUUUUUAUUAAAUAAAUAAACGCAGUAGUGAUGUUAAUAAUAUAUAUAUUAAAAAAAUUAGUUAUACAUAGUUGUUGAAUUCAAUUUUAAAUGCUCAAAAUCGGAAUAUUUAUCCUUGGGAGAGAAAAAGGAUUAAAACUAGUUUUAAGAAAAGGCAAAAAGAAGACAACAGAACAAAAACGCUAAAAAUAUUCUUAGCAUUAAAUGAUUGCCUGCCUGCCUUCCUGCCGAAAAGAAUUACAAUAAAAAUAAAAAGUACACAAUUGUUUUUUGUACAGUGGACUUCCUUUGUUUUAAAUUAUGUAAAAAUACAAAAUUGUUAUUGAGGUUUUUGAAAAAAGAUUCCAAAUUAUAUAUAUAUAUAUACAUAUUACAAAAGUAAAAUAACUAUAAACAAAAAGCUUCAAAGAACAGUCAAGGUCUUAAAACAAAAAGACAACAAAAAAAAAAACAAAAAGUAAAGAAAUAAAUCAAACUUCUCGUUUCCCAACAAAAAUUUUUAAUAGAAAUCUUUUUUUCCUCAAUAAUAAUAAUAAUAAGCAGUCGGAGAAAUGAAUUUGAAUAACGAUAUAAGCAUCGGUUUUAUUAAUAAUAAUAGCAAUAGCAGCAGCAUUGGAAGCACAAAUAGUAGUAGCUGUAAUAGUAGUAGUUAUUGUAUUGAAAAUAAUAGCAAUUCUGAAAACGUUAUUCAAACAACUGUAAAUAAUGAUAAAAAAAAUUUUAAUCAUAUCAAUAAUGUUAUUGUUACUGGCGGAGGAAUUAUAAAUUCAACAAAUGGAAUUAUAAAUUCACAACAGAAUCUUAUUAAUUUUGGUAAUUUAAUGGGAAAAAAUAUUAUAAUAAAUAAUUCACAACAAAAUGGUAUAUUUACAUCAUCAACAACAAAUAAUAAUAAUGGAAAAAAUGAAAAUCAAAAUUUUAAUUUACAACAAAAAGUCAUCGAUUCAACACAAAAGAUGCCUCAGAUAGUCACUACACAACAACAACCAAAACCAUUAUCAGCCAAUAACUUUAAUUUUUUGAUUAAUGAAAAUUCAAAAAAUAAUUAUGAAUUUUUAAGUAUUCAGCCACCGCGUCCCUAUAGAAGAAAAUUUUCAUGUGUUCAUGAGAAUAAAGUGGAUUGUACACCAGAAUGCGAUCAAGAUGCCGGUUUAAAAAGAGAUAAAAAAAAUGAAUAUGCACGUCAACAAAUGCGAAAAUAUCGUGAAAAGAUUAAAUCAGAUCCAGUUCGUUAUAUGAAAUAUUUACAAACUGAACGUGAACGUAAUGCUAAAAGAAAAUUUCGGAAAAUGGAAAAAUUAAUGAAAGAGGAUGGUGUUACAAAUCCUGAAGAAAUUUUAAAAUUAGAAAAACGUGAAAAAAAUCGACAAUAUAGAGAAAAAUGUAGAAUGGGUUUACCAUUUCCAAAAUUUCGAACAUCGACACAACAAAGACUGCUUAAAGCUUUAAUACAAAAAGUUCAAAAUGGUGAUUACAAACUUCCAGAAAAUUAUACAUUACCUGAUGUUAUGUUACAACAAUUACAAAAUAUUAAAACUGAAGAAACGUCUUGUAAAGAAGAAACAUUAAGUGACACAGAAAAUUUAAUUGAACAAGAUGAUGGAAUAACUGAUUCAGAAGAAAAUAGUCAAGAUUUUAUGGAUUGUAGUGAUGAUGAUUCAAGAUCUGAUGAUGGUUUUAUUUCUCCAACAUACAAUCGAAUUUGUGCUGUGGUAAAUUGUCCUUCACGAUUUUGUAAUGAUGAUGUCGAAUAUUUUCCUCUACCAUCAAAAAAAUCUAUACGCGAUCUUUGGAUAAGACAAAUAAAAGUUAAUUGUAAACAAUGGGAAGUGAAUCCAAAUGCAUUUAUUUGUUCCUUACAUUUUUCAUCGACCUGGUUUGAAUCAAGUAAAUAUACUGAAAGAGAUUUUUUAUUAAAAGCUGUACCAACAAUAUUUCCAAAUGCAAGUGCCAGUCAAUUUGAUUUAGAAAUACCAGAAUUAGAUGAAAAAGAUUUUGAAUCAAUGAAAUGUUCAAAAAAUUUUUAUAAAUGGAGUAAAGAUAAAAUGAGAGAACAAGAAAAUUUAUUAAAACAUCAGCAUUCAUUAUUAGAAAAUCAAAGUGAAAUGAAUUUUUUACAAAAAUUAAAAAUCUCAAAAAUAAUAAAUGAAAUCAACGAAUUCAAAUCAAAGUAUUUAUUCGCUGAAGAUGUUAAAAAAGACUUAGACAAUAUUUUUGAUCAAAUACGUGGAAUUUCUAUGAAUUUUCCAAAUUGAUUUUUUUUUUUUUAAAUUUUUUAUUACAAAGAAUAUAAAACAUUUGAUUGUAUUAAAAUUGUAUUUUCUUUUUUUUCAUUUUCAAUAAUUGAUUAUUAUUGAAAAUCAAUCACUAAUUUGAUACCAUAACAAUAAUAAGGCUUAAUAUUAAAUUGUCAACUACAAUUUUCAUUUUUUCUUUUACAAAUUUUUGAAACUUUCCAUAUAUUUUUCGUUAUUAAUAAUUAGUAAUUAUUAAAG